AUGGCUUCUGCAGCAGCAGAGGCAGAGAAGGGGUCUCCGAUUGUGGUGGGGCUGCUGGUCGUGGGCAACAUCAUUAUUCUGCUGUCAGGCCUGGCCCUGUUUGCUGAGACAGUAUGGGUGACGGCCGACCAGUACCGUGUAUACCCUCUGAUGGGCGUCUCAGGCAAGGAUGAUGUCUUUGCUGGCGCCUGGAUCGCCAUCUUCUGCGGCUUCUCCUUCUUCGUUGUGGCCAGCUUUGGUGUGGGAGCAGCGCUCUGCCGCCGGCGAUCCAUGAUCCUCACGUACCUGACGCUCAUGCUCAUUGUCUACAUCUUCGAGUGUGCCUCCUGCAUCACGUCCUACACCCACCGAGACUACAUGGUGUCCAACCCAUCCCUGAUUACCAAGCAGAUGCUGACAUUCUACAGUGCAGACACGGACCAGGGCCGAGAACUGACCCGCCUCUGGGACCGCAUCAUGAUGGAGCAAGAGUGCUGUGGCACAUCUGGUCCUAUGGACUGGGUGAACUUCACAUCAGCCUUCCGGGCGGCCACCCCUGAGGUGGUGUUCCCCUGGCCCCCGCUGUGCUGUCGGAGGACCGGCAACUUCAUCCCCCUCAAUGAAGAAGGCUGCCGCCUGGGCCACGUGGACUACCUGUUCACCAAGGGCUGUUUCGAACACAUUGGCCAUGCCAUCGACAGCUACACAUGGGGCAUCUCGUGGUUCGGGUUUGCCAUCCUGAUGUGGACGCUCCCUGUGAUGCUGAUAGCCAUGUAUUUCUAUACCACAUUGUGAGAAACAAGAAGGGAAGGCCCUGUGCACGCCUCGGCCUCCUGCUCCUACUCCUGCUGCCUCUGGCUCAGGCCUGGAUGACCGCCUGACCCCGCCCCGUCCCACCUCCCUCCUCCUUCCCUCCUUCUACUCCCAAGAUCUUUUACAGGUUUCUGAGCCCUACUGGGAGCUGGGGGUGCCCUGAACCCCUGGACAUGUACGCAUGGGCCCUUCGCCCUUAACCUCAUUUCAUUUGUUGAUUCCUGGCCCAUGUAUCGGUGUCCUCAGAUCUCACCAUCCCAUUCACAGGUGCCUCUCCUGUGCUCCCUGAGCUCCUCCUUCAUGGUGGAUGUCGCCAUUUUUACUGAGUAGCUUGUGCUUGUCUAUUUAUGUUCUUGGUAGACUGGGAUUGCCGUGAAGGGGGGACGAGCUCUGUCAUGGUCAUUUUAUUGUCCCCAGCACCUCCCAGCACUGAGCUCAGCAUAUCUAA